AUGGCCGGCAAAAGUUCUAGCGCCGCCGCGCUCUUCAUGCGCCGUUGUCGAAAGCACCACUGCCUCUCGCAUAUACCUGCGCGCGCCGCCUCCACAUCACCGUUCAGUCCCGCGACCUUUAACAAGAAAUACUCCUCUCCCAUCACCACACCCUCACCUGUGGCGUCGGCGCCAUCGAACCUCCCGAAUUCACCAGCGAUCAGCGCGCCUUCAAAGUCCGAGAGACUUGAUCUGUCCUCCUUCCUGGACAGGCAAUCAUCCCAGUCUCCGGCAUGGGCUCGACCGAAAGCACGACCCACUGCUAUCGAACCAGCGCACUCUGCAACGUCUUUCUGGAAUUAUAUGCGCCGUAAAUUAGGUCUGCGGAUACCAAAGAAGGACGCACCGACGGAUCCGUUCAAUGUUUGGAACAACCCAUACCGAGCACACAAGGCUUGGCCGCCUAAGCUCCUUGAGUUAAAUCAUAAGCAACAGCUGCACUUCGAGAAGACAUAUCGGCGGCGUGCGGCUCUGAAGUGGGAGCGGCCGGUCUUCACACGUUGGGUGACACUGAUUCAAAACUCUGUCAUUGCGUUUGUGGUUUUCUACGCUGUUUUUGUAUAUGAGCCCGAGGAAGGAACAGUGUUUGAUGGAUUUCGCGCUUGGGUCUGGAGACAGAUGGGUGACAGUGACAUGGUUCCGGAGCGAGUCAGGAACAACUCCAAGAAAAAAGCUGAAGAGUUUGACAAGAAGUGGGUUGCGAUGAAGGACACAUUCUUCGAGAUCACACCUGUCGCCGGCCUCAAAACGUCGCCGCCUGUGAAUCCAGAUGAGCAGAAGAUUCCCUGGGCGCAGAGGCAAAGGAAGGACUCUUGA